AUUUGUUACAUUUUGUUAUUUUAUCAAUAUUAUUUAUUUUUGUUUGUUUUGUUAUAAACUGAGUCUGUUUUCAUAAAGUAUUUUAUCAUAGAUAUUUUAUUUUACAAAAAUCUUUAUUUCUUUGAGAUCAGCGUAUUAUGGAACCAGAUAAAAUCAAAGUUGAACAAAUAGAGGUAAAGCAAGAAGUUAGUGAAGAGACGUUUAAAGAAGAAAUAGAUAAUGUUUAUGAGAUGGGAGAUGAUCUUUUUGAUACAUUCAAAAUUGAAAUUAAGGAAGAGCUGAAGAGAGAAAUAAUUACAAAUGAUGAUGCAUUUGAAUGUUCACUUUUAAACGAGAAUGCUAUGAAGACUGAAAUAAAACAAGAUGAAGAAAAACACACAAAUGAAAAAAGUUUUCCCCAUGAAGAUGUACAAACUGAUACAAACAAAGUAUUUAAAGGACAUGGAAUGGCUAACAGUAAUUUGGACGAAUAUUUAACUGUUCGUAAAACUUUUACUUGUGAAAUUUGUUGCAAAAUGUUUUCACAAAAAGGGAAUUUAAAAGAACAUAUUAGAAUCCAUACUGGAGAUAAACCUUAUGCAUGCGAAAUUUGCUCCGACAGGUUUACACAAAAAUCCAAUUUAAACACACAUAUGAGAAUACACACUAAGGAAAUACACACCGGAAAAUCGUUUACAUGUAAAAUUUGUACUAAAGAGUUUCCACACAAUUCAUUUUUAAGAGUUCAUAUGAGAAUACAUACCGUACAUAAACCUUUUGCAUGUGAAGUUUGUUCCAAGUUGUUUUCGCGUAGAUCGAAUUUAAAAGAACAUAUGAGGGUACACACUGGAGUAAAACAGUUUGAAUGUGAAGUUUGUUCUAAAUUGUUUUCACGGAGAUCUGGUGUAAUACAACAUAAUAUGAGAAUACAUACUAGAGAUUCAUUUCAAUGUAAAAUUUGCUCCGAAUCAUUUUCACAACUACUCUCUUUAAAGGAACACAUGAGAAUACAUACUGGAGAUACGCCUUUUACAUGUGAAAUUUGUUGCAAAAUGUUUCCACGAAAAUGGAAUUUAAAAGAACAUAUGAAGAUCCACACUGAAGAUAAACCUUUUGAAUGUGAAAUAUGCUCUAAAACGUUUUCAAAAAGAGGCUCUUUAAAGGAACACAUGAGAACACAUACUGGAGAUAAACCUUUUACAUGUGAAAUUUGCUCCAAAUCCUAUACACAAAAAAUAAAAUUAACGGAACACAUGAGAAUACAUACUGGACAUAAGCCUUUUGCAUGUGAAAUUUGUUCUAAAUUAUUUACAAUCAGAUCCAGUUUAAACGAUCAUAUGAAAAUCCAUACUGAAGAUAAACCUUUUACAUGUAACAUUUGCUCCAAAUCAUUUUUAAGAGGAUACUAUUUAACAAAACACAUGAGAAUACAUUCUGGAUAUAAACCUUUUGCAUGUGAAAUUUGCUCUAAAACAUUUUCACAAAAACACAAUUUAAAUGAACAUAUGACAAUACAUACUGGAGAUAAACCUUUUUCUUGUGAAAUUUGCUCCAAAUCGUUUUCACAUAUUUCUAGUUUAAAAAGACACAUGAAAAUACACACUGGUUUUCCCCAUGGAGAUGUACAAACUGAUACAAACAAAGUAUUUAAAGAACAUGGAAUAGCUAACAGUAAUUUGGAAGAAUAUGUAACUGCACAUAAACCUUUUACUUGUGAAAUUUGUUGCAAAAAGUUUUCACAAAAGGGGAAUUUGAAAGGACAUAUUCUGAGCGUCCAUACUAGAGAUAAACAUUAUGCAUGCGAAAUUUGCUCUGACAGGUUUUCUCGCAAAUCCUAUUUAAAAUCACAUAUGAGAGUACACACUAAGGAAAUACACACCGGAAAAUCGUUUACAUGUAAAAUUUGUACUAAAGAGUUUCCACACAAAUCAUUUUUAAGAGUUCAUAUGAGAAUACAUACCGUACAUAAACCUUUUGCAUGUGAAAUUUGUUCCAAGUUGUUUUCGCGUAGAUCGAAUUUAAAAGAACAUAUGAGGGUACACACUGGAGUAAAACAGUUUGAAUGUGAAGUUUGUUCUAAAUUGUUUUCACGGAAAUCUGGUUUAAUACAACAUAUGAGACUACAUACUAGAGAUCCAUUUCAAUGUGAAAUUUGCUCCGAAUCAUUUUCACAACUACUCUCUUUAAAGAAGCACAUGAAAAUACAUACUAGAGAUACGCAUUUUACAUGUGAAAUUUGUUGCAAAAGGUUUUCACAAAAAUGGAAUUUAAAAGAACAUAUGAAGAUCCACACUGAAGAUAAACCUUUUGAAUGUGAAAUAUGCUCUAAAACGUUUUCAACAAGAUGCUCUUUAAAGGAACACAUGAGAUUACAUACUGGAGAUAAACCUUUUACAUGUGAAAUUUGCUCCAAAUCCUAUACACGAAAAUUAAAAUUAACGGAACACAUGAGAAUACAUACUGGAGAUAAACCUUUUACAUGUGAAAUUUGCUCCAAAUCCUAUACACGAAAAUUAAAAUUAACGGAACACAUGAGAAUACAUACUGGAGAUAAGCCUUUUGCAUGUGAAAUUUGUUCUAAAUUAUUUACAAUCGGGUCCAGUUUAAUCAACCAUAUGAAGAUCCACACUGAAGAUAAACGUUUUGAAUGUGAAAUAUGCUCUAAAACGUUUUCAACAAGACGCUCUUUAAAGGAACACAUGAGAAUACAUUCUGGAUAUAAACCUUUUGAAUGUGAAAUAUGCUCUAAAUUGUUUUCACAAAGAGGCUCUUUAAAGGAACACAUGAGAAUACAUACUGGAGAUAAACCUUUUUCGUGUGAAAUUUGCUCCAAAUCGUUUUCAUAUAUUUCUAGUUUCAAAAGACACUUGAAAAUACACACUGGUUAAAAAAUUUCUGCUACUAUUUAUUAUAAUAAGUGUAUAAUCCAAGAAGGGAUAAGUGUGAACGGUGAAAUCAUCAAUAAUUUGCGAUAUGCGGACGAUACAGUACUCCUAGCUUCUAGUCAAGAAGAUCUGCAAACACUACUUGAUAGUGUCAUUGAGAGUUGUAGGGAGGCAGGUCUGGAUCUGAACAUACGGAAAACCAAAAUACUCGUAAUAAGUAAACAACAGCGUAUCUACUUCUUCAAGUGCCAUCUUCGUUCCGAAGGUUGGCGAUCAUCAGGGCUAUACGUAUUUUCGAAACUGCUGACCGAAACAAUUCGUUGUUGCUACAGCUAUACCAUUACCGUAGAUUCUUUAGCCAGGAGUUUCGUCUUCUUCCUAUGGACCUUUUUCCUGCUAUCUUUCCUUGCAUAAUUAUUCGAAGCAGUUCAUAUCUUUCGCCUCUUGUAAUGUGUCCUAAGUAUUGCAGUUUUCGUUUUUUGAUCGUAAAUAUGACUUCCUUUUCUUUAUUCAUUCUUCUCAAAACCUCGACGUUUGUGACUCUCUCCGUCCAUGAUAUUCUCAAGAUUCUGCGAUACAUCCACAGUUCAAAUGCCUCUAAUUUUUUGGUAUCAAUCUUUUUCAGCGUCCACGACUCCAUUCCGUAGAAGAGCACAGAAAGUACGUAACAUCUCAUCAGGCGAAGUUUCAUUUCAAGGCUCAAAUCUCUUCCACAGAACACUCUCUUCAUUUUAGAGAAUAUGGAUCUGGCUUUUUCUAUUCUUAUUUUGAUUUAUGCCGAGCUAUCGUUGUCUUCAUUUAUAAAAGUGCCUAAAUAUUUGUAUUUGCUAACUCGAUCGAUAAUUUCAUUGUGUAAAUAUAAAUUUUGGACAUUUCGUGUUGAUUUCGAUAUUACCAUAAAUUUAGUUUUCUUUAUGUUCAAAGAUAGUCCAUAUUCUUCGCUGCAGUCUGCUAUCUUAUUCACCAAUGUCUGUAGCUCUUCGAGUGUUUCUGCGAUCAGAACGGUGUCGUCGGCAAAUCUCAGAUUAUUUAAUCUAACACCAUUUAUUUUAAUACCUAUGGAUUGCUCAGAGAGUGUUCUAUUCAUUGCGUCUUCGGAAUAGAGAUUAAACAGGGUUGGUGACAGUACACACCCUUGUCUCACACCUCGCUUUAUUUCAAUUUCUUCAGUGGUAUUAUUCCCUACUCUCACUACCGCUUUCUGAUUGUAGUACAUAUUUUCUAUUAGUCGGAUGUCUCGUUUAUCUAAAUUCUUUUCUGGCAGGAGUCUGAUUAGAUGAUCAUGCUGCACUUUAUCAAAGGCCUUGUUAUAAUCUAUGAAACACAUGAAUACAUCUUGAUUUAUGUCAAGACAUCUUUGAGACAUAACGUUCAGUGCAAGCAACGCCUCUUUUGUUCCGAGUCCAUUUCGGAAUCCAAACUGGGUAUCAUUGAUGUCCAUUUCCAGUUUUCUGUGUACUCUAGUAUGUAUAAUUUUCAGGAAUAUUUUCAGUACAUGGCUCAUCAAACUGAUUGUACGGUAAUCACUACAUUGUUUGGCAUUCGUCUUUUUUGGUAUAAUAACAAAGGUGGAUAAAAGCCAUUCUUGUGGUAUUUUUCCUGAUGUGUAAAUGCUAUUGAAAAGUUCAACUAAAAUGCGGAUCGAGUCUUCUUCGACCAGUUUAAGGAUUUCCGUUGGUAUUUCAUCUGGACCUGGGGCUUUACCGUUUUUCAUUCUUUUUUAUGCGUACAUUACUUCCUCUUCCGUUAUUUCUGGACCUUCGUCUCCUUGUAUGUUACUUAGUUCAGAUUGUUGUCUAUCAUCUGCAAAGAGUUCUUCAACAUAGUUUUUCCAUGUCUUCAACUGUUCUUCUAUUUCUGUGAUUAUGUUUCCGUUGACAUUAUACAGACUAUUUGGCUGCUUACGUUUUUGUGUACCUUUUGUGUGUUCUUUCACUUUUUUAUGUACAUUAAAAAUAUCAUGUUUUGCCUGCAAUUGCUCUAUUUCUUCACAUUUUCUUUUAUAAAUAUCUUCCUUUGCUAUUCUGAUUUCUUUCUGUAUUUGUUUAUACCUUUGUUCGUUUUUUCCUUUCACUAUUCUCCGAUUGUCCAUGAGAAGAAGGAUUUUAUCAGUCAUCCAUUUUUGCUUUAUUUUUGGUUUUCCUUUGGUCAGAAUUUUCUUCGCAGGACUUGUUAUCGCCAUUUUUACGUUUUGCCAUUUUUUAUCUAUGUUGUUCGUUGGCUGAGAUGUUUCUUUUUGAUGAAGUAUUUUCAAAUUAUUAAUUAUUAAUACAUCUUUGCAGUUCCUCCUUUACCUCCAGGUUACAUAAAUGACUGACGUCUAUCUGGUUUGCUCUUCUUUUCUGCUCCAAUCUUUUUAGUUUAAUACUCAUUUGCGCUACUAGAGGGUUAUGGUCUGAAUAGACAUCUGCGCCUGGGUAAGCCUUAACGGAUUUUAAGGAGUUUCUGUAUCGUUCGUUUAUCAGUAAAAAAUCAAUCUGGUUUCGAAUUAUUCUUUGGCCAUUGUCCUGGGGUGAUUUCCACGUAUAAAGUCUUCUCUUUGGUAAGUUGAAGAAUGUAUUAGAUACAAUCAUGUUAUUCUCCUGACAGAAUUGAAGCAGUCUGUCACCUCGUUCAUUUCUUGUACCGAGUCCGUGUUCUCCUACAUGUUUGCCACUUUCUCCUUUACCAAUUUUUGAGUUAAAAUCACCUAGAAUUACGGUGAUGUUUCGUCGAUUUUAAUUCUUGAUUGAUUUCUUCGUAGAAUUGUUCAAUUUCGUCCUCUGAUUUAUCUGCAGUAGGUGCAUAGAUCUGUAUGAUAUUUAGUUUACUUGUGUUUGUGUGUAGUUGGAGAAAUAAGAGCCGAUCUGAUACUGGAGUAAAAUUAAUGACCGACUGCAUCAUAGACUUAGAUACGAAAAUUGCUACGCCGUGUCUGUGUUGAGUACUACUGUUUCCAGAGUAAUAUACUGUGCCAUUUGUUGUCGAAAAACUGCCAGAAUUUGGCCACCUUGCCUCACUAAUGCCUAGAAUGUCGACAUUUAAUCUUUGCAUUUCUUGUAUUAUAUUAUGCAUUUUGCCUGGAUCAUACAUACUCCUAACAUUCCAUGUACCAAUUUUUAAUACUCUCUUGGGUGUUUUUCUAUUUUCUUUAAGAGUGGUAUUUAUUACUUCACAGGGAUUUUGCUGGUUGACGAUCCGGGAGGCAUAUACGUAAACUGCAGACGCACAAGGCAUGGGCGAACGAUUCGGCUUUUUCCGAUUAGCGGGUAGUAGAGUGCAGACGUACUUAGCCUUUAUAUGUCUGCUGUUUACUACGAUUGAUCGUGCAUGCCAAUAUACGUCUACAAUUAUUUAAGCCUGUUUAAAAAAUGUAAAUAAAACACAGUAUAUAUUCGUAUUAUCAACGUUUUUAAUUAUCUUUAUGUACAAAUAUCGAAUUUUACGAAUUCGCGAAAAACCACUAAGUACUUAUUUUCUAAAUUUAUUAUCACCUAAACCAAUGUUACUUUCUACACAUAGUUGUAAUUUGUGUGGUGCUCUUUUUUGUUGUUUUUUGAUAGUUCUAGGUUUUCGUCCAGCCAUCGAUGCUCUUCUACCUGUCAUGGUAACUUUACGUCUCGAUACAGAUGUUGGUUGUACGGAUAUUUUUUUCCCUUUUCUUAUCACCGCCUGCUUCUUAUUUUUAGAUGAAACUCCUGUGUACUUAAAAGCACAAUGCAUGCCUGAUAUUAAAGACUGAUUUGAUUUGGCAUAUUUACUACAGUUCUCUAAAUAUUUCAUAAUAGCGGGCCCAAAGGAUUCAGGUUCACUUUCAAGUUUUGACAUAAUUAAAUUCGAAUGUUCUGCCCAUUUAUUUUUAAUCUCUUCUAUAUCAAUAUUACCCUUAUCAUUAAAUUACAUGGCAUUAAUAUUUGCAUCAUCACAAAUAAUCCUCUUUUGAUCCUGUUGAUUUUGGACAGAAGAAUUACAAGGAAAAUUGUCCUGGUUUAAAUUUUUUGUUGUAUUUUCCUUGAUUUGCAGUGUAUCAAAAGUAGAUGAAUCUGCAAUUUUUCCCAACGCUAUUUCAUAAAGAAUGUGCUUGGAAAAAAGCGAUAAGGUAUUAGUUGCCGUAAAUAUAUUAUGUUUUUUCGCAAUGGCCCCUUGGUGUUUGCAAUAGUGUCCAUUAUAACCAAUCGGACAUGAACAUUUGAAAACAGACAUAUCUACAACGUACCAAAUUUUUUGAUCUUUUGAACUGCUAACUUUAAAAUCCAUGUUUCCAAGACUGAUAAUGUUAUUAUCUUCAUUGUCCCUUUCGCCUGGAAAAUACUUUUUUGCAACAGCUUUAGAAACUCUAUUAUCAUUAAUUUUAAACUGUUUAAACCCUUAGAAUCAUGUAAAUAUACUAUAUAAAAUGACCGAUGUGAAACUAGCAGAUAAAGUUAGCAGAAAGUUUUGCCUAUUUUAGAACAGUAAAUAUGACAAUAGUAAAAACAACAAUAAACAUAUUAUAAACUCUUUUUCGUAUCACAGUCAAGAUUUAAGCAGUAUUUGAAACCAAACUUAUAUGUAUGUAUAUUUUUGUACGCCUAUAAUAACUAUUGACUAUUACUGGUAAAAACGGCGGCAUAAGAUUCAAGACUUCUCUUUAACCGCCGGAUAUAAAAUUUGCGUUCCAUUAUCACUACAAUUGCCGCAAAAUUAUACUAACCUCUACUUCUUCUUUGGAAUGUAGUUUUAUUCUAAAACUACUUUGGUUUAUAAUGCUAUAUUCAUAACUAUUACAUCUUCUAUGUAAUGUGUAAUGUUAAAUUAAUAAUUAAUUAGUAAUACUUAAUAUUCCUUUAUUACUUUAUAUUACAACUGACAACUAAUACUAGCGACGGUCAACCGGGAGAGGAGUGUCUACUGUCCGCCCUAGACGUGUACACUACACCACACUCCUCCCCACUAAUCUUACAGCUUACCUAUCUUUACAAAUCUAACAUUUGUCUAGGUUUUGGUACCCUAGAACUACGUCUUAUGACAAGUGGUUUUAUCGAACUAUCACUCUCCGUUGCCGGUUCGAAAUUGUCAUUUUCUGAAUUAGGAUUAUUGUUAAUAAACUGAGUAUCAGCAUUUUCUGUUGCCAUUUCCUUGUUAUCUAAUGCAUCCGUUUUUCGAAUCGGUAACAUCUGAGUAACAUUUCUUACAAGGUCGCCUUUCUGUGUUUUUACUUUAUACAUUACAUUACCAAUCGGCUCUACCACCUUCCCUUCCAACCAAUUUUGCUUACCGUCAAACAUUGAAACUUGCACAUGAUCAUCAGGCAAAAACUGCUUAACAGUCUUUGAAUUAAUAUUCUGUUUUGGAAUUAAAACAGAAUCUUUAAUUACAGAUAAACGAGUUCUCAAUACUCUUCCAAACAUAAGUUCACAAGGAGCCUUGCCUGUUGAUAUGUGUGGGGCUGUUCUAUAACUUAACAACCACGAUAACAAUCUCUGCUCAGUUUCAUCAGAAUCAAACUUACUCGAUAACAAAGCUUUCUUAAAAGAUUGAACUGCCCGCUCAGCUUGACCAUUACUGGCUGGGUGGUAUGGAGCAGUACAAAUAUGCCUUAUAUUAUUAUUUUUACAAAAACUACUGAAUUCCUCUGAAAUCCACUGAGGACCAUUGUCAGUGACCAUCUGCUCGGGCAGUCCAAAUCUAGCAAACAUACUACGUAAACAUUUAAUUGUUAACCCUGCUGUAGUUUUAGACAUUCGAGCUACUUCUGGCCAUUUUGAAUGUGCAUCAACUACAAUUAACCACAUGAAACCUAAAAAUGGGCCAGCAAAAUCAAGAUGAAGCCUUUGCCAAGGCUUUCCUGGCCAUUCCCAACUAUGUAAUGGUUUUAUUUCAGGUUUAUUUCUUAUUUGUAAACACCCCCUACAGUUUUGAGUAAUAGACUCAAUAUCUAAGUAAAUAUUUGGCCACCAGAAGUAACUCUUAGCUAAAGCCUUCAUUUUAAAAGAACCAAGAUGUCCUACAUGUAAUUCAGACAAAAGUUUUUCUCUCAAUUUAAAAGGAAUAACAGUCCUACCUCUCCAAACAAUAACGCCUCUAACAAUAUAUAAUUCAUGUUCUUUACCUUUAUAGGACUGUAAAUCUAGUUCUACUUUCUUGUCCCAACCCUGCUGAAUGUAAUGAAAAACCUUACUAAGAAUAGGAUCGUUUUGAGUAGCUUUUGCCACUUCAUCAUGUGUAACAGGUGGAACUUCCAUAAAAAUACUGUUUACCGUAGGUAUAUUUUCAUCUGACUCAAUAGGUUCAUUUAGACUUAACGGAAUUGGAAACCUAGAUGGAAAAUCAGCACUAGCAUUAUGCUGUGAGGUUCUAUACUGAAUAGUAUAACUGUAAUUACAUAAAAUCAAUGCCCAUCUAGCCAUUCUAUCAGCGUAUAUGUUACCUAUAGCCUUAUUAGGGUGAAAUAGAGAAACCAAUGGCUUAUGAUCAGUCACUAAUGUAAAUGUGUUUCCCUUUAAAUACAAAUCAAAUUUCUUGACUGCCCAGAUAAUAGAUAAUGCCUCUUUAUCUAUCUGAGAGUAUUUCUGUUCGGUCUCUGUCAAAGUUCUACUAGCAAAAGCUAUUGGUUUCUCCACAAAUUUAUUUUUAUUACUGUUGCUAGGAAAUUUAUGAGCUAAACACGCCCCUAGACCAAUUUUAGAAGCAUCGCAACUUAAAACCAAUGACAAUUUAGGGUUAUAAUGUACUAAUACAUCAUCUGAAGCUAUACACUUUUUAGCCCAUUCAAAAGCUUUGGUAUGUGAAUCAUUCCAUACCCAAGAAACAUUCUUUUUUAACAACUGGUACAAUACAUGUAAUUUAUCUGCUGCAUUAGGCAUAAAUUUGUUAUAGAAGUUAAUUGUACCAAGAAAACUUCUAAGUUGUUUUAAGUCUUUUGGCGGGGGUGCUUCCAAAACUGCCCUAAUAUGUUCAGGUGUUUUACUUACCCCCACCUUAUCUAUGAUAUACCCACAAUAUUCUAGCUUACUGGACAUAAAUAUGGAUUUUUCUUUAUUUAUUUUAAUGUUAAGUUCGCUUAACUUAUUUAAAACAACUUCUAACGUUUUUAGAUGACUGUUUUUAUCCUCAUUUGCGAUCAGUAUGUCGUCAAGAUAACAAUAGACAUUUGAUAUAUCUUGAAAAUGAAUAUCCAUAAACCUUUGCCAAUCUAAAGGUGCUGGGGAAGUACCAAACAUCAUAAAUGUUGGACGGUAAAAACCCCAAGGUGUGGUUAACAUCAUAAUUUUUUUGAGCCUCCUCAUCCAUUCUUUGAUUCAUAUAUGCCUUUCUAAUGUCAAUUUUAGAAAAUACAGACAUGGGCUUACCCUCACUAUUUAUUUUGGCAAAUAUAUCCUCAAUUACAGGAAUUGGAUGGCUCAGCAUCUCUAGAUAUGGGUUUAUGGUAAUUUUAUAGUCCCCACAAAUUCUUACAUUUUUAUUUUUAACAAUGGGUACUAUAGGAGUAGCCCAAUUAACCUCCUCAUUUAUAACUUUUAACAUUUUACCCUCUGUUACUAACUUAUCUAAUUCCUGUUUUACUAAACUCUCAAUGGCAUAUGGAAUCCUCCUUGGUUUACACAUUUUAGGAACGGCAUCUGGCUUUAUUUUUAAUUUACCAGGAGGACCUUUUAUUUCACCAGGUGUAUUGGAGAAUAACUUUUUAUACUUAUUUAGCAAUAACUGUAAAUCAUUUUCAAAUUUAUUUUUAACCUCUAAAACCUUAAUAUUUCUCUCACUUGCCUGUUUUUUUAUCAAAGGCCAGUCAAUUUCAAUAACAUUAAGCCAAUCCCUUCCUAAAAGUGGUUUCCUACCCCCCUUUUCUACAAUAACUAAAGGUGCUAAAUAACUUUUACCUAAAGAUUUAACAUUAACCUCUGUUUUGCCUAAAACUUCAAUAGGUUUUCCUCCAUAUGCCUUGAGUAUUAAUUUAGAUUUUUCCCAUUUUAAUUUAGGUAAAUACAUUUUAACAUACCUUUCACACAUCAAAGUAACAUCAGCUCCACAAUCAAUCUCAAAUAAUACAUCAGUAUCAUUAAUAUUUAAAUUUACUUCCCAUGGUUCUGGCUUUUUAUCUCUCAGCUUCGUAAUCUGCAUAAUAACUCCAUUCUCUGCUUCAGGCUUCUCCGCACCAAACUGCACUUCACUAUGCUCACUCAAACCGUCAAAUAAACCAUCAAAGAUGUUUUCACUUUCUUGAAAGUUUUCAUCUACUUCUUCAGAGUACACUUGUAGCACUGAAUAGCCUUCUUCCUCUUCUGAAUUCUGUGCCUGCUCUUCUGCACUGACUUCCUUCACUUUGCGGUGAUUAUUAAAACUUUGUCCUUGACUUUGCCUUGCCAAGGGCUUCUUCUUAUACUCUGUGCCACUUUUACUAUUACAAACCAAAGCUAGGUGUCCCUUUUUCCUACAAUUAUGACACUCGUCAUCCUUGAACCUGCAGUUUGGCUUUAUGUGUCCCUUUUUCCCACAACAAUGGCAAAUCGUACUGGCAUAUUCAUUCUCCUUAGCUCGAUAUUUAAUUUUGUUAACUUCUCUACACUCACCUUUUUGUGCUACCAUCUGAGACUCACUCUCUGCUAGUUCCAUGGUUUUGGCAGUGGUAACAGCUUGCUGGAAGGUGAGAUUUGCUUCAGUGAAUAACUUCCUAAUAAUUGCUUGACUUCUCAACCCGUGAACAAACUUGUCUCUAAGGGCUAAGCUUUUAGAGCAGCCACAUAUUCCGUAAUACUUUCUGACUCUUUUUGGACCCUUAACAUGAAUUUAUAGGUCUCUGCUAAUUCAGAAUGGUCAGGUUCGAUAUAUUCCUGCACCAUUUUCACUAAUUCCUCAUAGGUUUUAUCCUCCACCUCUUCUGGGAAGCACAACUCUGUUAAUAAUGACACAAUAUCAAACCCUACAUAGGUUAACAAAAACUGGGGCCAAUUGUCUUCAUCAAUAUUAUGUACUUUCAUUUUGUUUUUGAAAACUUGAGUAUAAACUUUCCACGUCGACUUAAUGUUGUCGAAUGCUGGCAUAUGUACAUUUCCUGCGUAAUUAACUAAUUGAUAUAGCUGGGGCUGUGAAGCCUGGGCCUCCUCUCCGUGUUCUGGUUCCUCUCCCGGUUCUGACAUAUUCCAAAAAUUGUGGACACACCCGAGACACACCAGAAGCCGGGUUUAAAAUAAACAAACUGUUACGUGAAACAGAUUUCUGCACGUGGAUACUUUACGGACUUAACACGUAAAAUUCUCGUCGCCAAUAUUACAUCUUCUAUGUAAUGUGUAAUGUUAAAUUAAUAAUUAAUUAGUAAUACUUAAUAUUCCUUUAUUACUUUACAUUACAACUGACAACUAAUACUAGCGACGGUCAACCGGGAGAGGAGUGUCUACUGUCCGCCCUAGACGUGUACACUACACCACAAUAACCUUCUGGAAUACUUUCCAUUGUUUAUACUUAUCACUCUUAUAAAAAUGUCACACCACUUAAUACCAAAACAACUUGUAGCUAUAUACUGUUAAUUGCAUACGUAGAAGACGCAUUCACGUCUCCAGUUUACGCGCGGGCGGAGAGCAACUACGCCGAUCCUUGCCGAACUUCUACGAAAUAUUUGGCUAUGCCUUGUGCGUCUGCAGUUUACAUAUAUGCACCCGGGAGGCCCUGUGGUCUUCUUGUGAUAUACUUCCCAUGCCGGAUCCUGGUUUCCGAUUCCCAUGAUCAGUGGUUGAGUUGGCUUUUUGUUGUACAGUCAUGAUGAUCGUACUAGAGAUAUCCAUGAUGGAUCUUUAAUGUAGUGGUUUCUCCUUGCCUUCUACAUCCUUAUGCCGUUGACUAGUAAAUAGUUAUUCCGCCUUUAGUGCCAAUUUCUUGACCCCAGGACAAAAGAGUGCCCUUUCACUUGCAUACCAACCGAAGGUGGUCAACAAGUGGGGACUGCUUAUUCCGGCAGUCACUCAGUCGCCAGAGCCUCGUCAGUUAUCUAGCAGGGUGCACAAAGCCGCUUUUAGAAGGAUGUCCAAGGUGUUAUGUAGGAGCGAUUUAGAAUUGGCAUUGAGGAUCCGCCUACUUCGCUGCUACGUGUUCUAGGUCUUACUUUAUGGUGUCGAGUCUUGGACUGUGAAUAAAAUCGAUCUAAAUCUCCUUGAGGCUUUCUAAAUGUGGUGCUACAGAACAAUUUUAAAAGUUUCCUGGGUGGAGAAGAUUCGAAACUCCACAAUACUAGAACGUCUCAGCAAGACUACUGAGAUUAUAAAAAGCAUCAAGCAGAGAAAGCUGGAGUAGUUCGGACAUGUAAUGAGUGGUCCCAAAUGUAGGUUACUGCAAAAUAUUAUGCAAGGAUAAAUAGCAGGUAAACGCAAUCCAGGACGAAGAAGAACUUCAUGUUUGAAGAACUUGCGAGAUUGGUAUUGUGUUGAUACAAUACUAUUUAGGGUGGCAUUGAAUAAAAUUAAGAUAGUUAUGAUGGCAAUCAACGUUCUGAAAGAACAUAGUACAUGAAGAAGAAGAUUUAUUAUAACACUUUAUUUCAAUUAUAUUAGAUUGUAAUCAAAUAA